GGCGAGCAGGCGGCCAUGGCGAUCGUCAGUUUCAGCGGCGCCAGGGUCCACCGGCCGGACGGCGCCGGGGGGGACGACGCCACGGAGGACGAGGAGGAGCGGUCCCCCGCCACGGACGACGACCGAUCCCCCGCCACGGACGGCUUCUCCGCCGACUCCGACGAGAACACCGCCGCCCCGCACGAGGAGGACGACUCGGGGAUGGGUUCCGACGAGCUGGAGCUGACCCAGCUGGGCGACGCGGGGGCGGAGAUGAGCCAAAUCGACGACCAGAGCUUCCCGGUCCCGCUCGACCUCCUCGACCUCCCCGACCUCGCGCCCGUCCUCUCCCUGGACGCCUGGAACACCCUCCUCUCCGACUCCGACCGGCUGCGGCUCGCCGCCCUCCUGCCCGACCUCGACCGGGACGCCUUCGCGCGCACGCUCGUGGAGCUCCUAUCAGGCGCCAGCUUCCACUUCGGGAGCCCCCUGGCGGCCCUCCUCGACCGGCUCAAGGGCGGCCUCUGCGACCCCCGGGUCGUGCUGUACCGCCGCGGCGCGCGCUUCGCGGAGCGGCGCAAGCACUACUACCGCCUGCAGGGGUACCACAACGCCAUGGUGCGCGGCCUCUGGGAGGCCCGCGACUGCUGGAAGGGCUGCCAGGGGUUCGGGCUCGACGAGAGGAUCAGGGCGCUGGACGCCAUGAGGGCGAAACGGAAGCAGAAAGCUGCCCGCGCCGUGUCUGAGACCGACUCCGAGGCGGAGCAGUUUGUGGCGCGGCCGAAGACGGAUAAGAAGAAGGCUGGGAAGGAGAGGUCCAAGGGCCUGCUGCGGCUGGGCGGUGGGUCGAAAGGUUUGGGGGGCGAGGAGUACACCGGCCGUGAUGCCGCGGCAGCUUUCUCCGAUCAUUCUCGCCAAGAUAAUAACGCGUAUGGGUAUGAUACCGGAGUCAUGCAUAGAGGUGGGAAGGCGCGCAGGAGCAUGGACGGCCUCGAUUCAGAGGACCUGGGGGGAUACGACAGGGAUUUGCCGAGGGUCCGGUCUCAGAAGCCGCUGGUGAAGCCGGUGAAGAAGAAGGAGUUCGCUACAGCCUACGAUGCCAACCCUUAUGCAAAGAGCUACCGUGACAAUCAUACUGGUUCUUACUACCAUGGCAGGAAUGCAGCCGGUAACCAGCCAGUUACCUUGGCAGCAUCGUUUGAGCCUCCGUAUUCUGAGGCAGCUAGGAGUGCAAAGUACGCGGAAAGAGAUCGGAUAUAUGGUGGAAAUAGUUUCCACAGUAAUAGAGCUCUCAAGGGAGAUGAGAUGGACUGGCCAGCUGGUAGUCCUGCUGAUAGCUUAAAUGACUGGCAGAGAGGGCAGCCUGCGGGCGAUUACAGGAGCAGGGUACCUCAGGUUGGUCAUGGUGGGAAGGUUAAGUCCUAUAGGAAUACCGAGCAACAGAUGAAUGGUGCGCAUUCCGGGUCUGAUCCUAGGGACAGGGUAUCACAGGGGAAGAUUAAAGUUAAACCCAGUAGUAGCCAGCAUGGUAGGAUUGGCCAGAAGGACUCCAGGAGCAGAGCUGCAUAUGUUCAGAGUGAGGAGACGGAAUCCGAUUCAUCAGAACAGUUGGAAGAUGGGGCGGACAUGAAUCCUGCCGAACAACAGCCGGAACUUAGAUAUUCUGAGCUUCAUAGACCAGCAUAUGGUGCCAAAAAGUCAAACAAACAUGGGAAAACAGCCAGAACGGUUUAUCCUGCUGCUCCUGCAGAAUUCGAACCCUACCACACUCAGGGCAGAGGGGGGCAGAGAGGAAAGAUUGCAGAGCCUGAUUACUUGCGCGAUGUACAUGUGGAGGUGGCGGAACAGAUUAGUGAGGUGAUGAGACCUCCAGCAGCAAGGAGCGAGAGAAAGCGCAAAGGCGUGUCAAAUCUGGACAUGCAUGGUUAUGACAACUCUGAAUUGCAUGAUAGCAACGAAAAAGCCAAUGAAUCAUUCAGGUCACCAGAGAGUACGAGGCUGGCCAGUAGAGCAGGCUGUGAAGUCCAAGAUUCUAAUGGCGACUUUGAUGGUUCUGAAAGAGUGAACGUGCCUCUAGCAAGUUGCAGCUCUGGGUCCAAAAGGCAAAAAGGAAGAGUUGAGGUUACAAGCCUAGAUGAGCAUGGUGACUAUUCACCAUCUGAUCCAAAGGCUGUGGAGAUCAGCGGCAGCUUGAAGAAGAAAAGUAAAAAGAAGACGGAUACGGUUACAGAUGCAACUACUGUAGUGGAACCAGCUCCGGUCGUGCCAGAAGUUAUUGUGGUGCCAGUAGAACCUGAGAAACCUAAGAAGAAGUAUGUACCAAUUACACCAACUAUCCAUACCGGGUUUUCUUUCUCCGUCGUACAUCUUCUAACCGCUGUUAAGAAGGCUAUGGUCACUCCUACUGAGGAUACUCCAGUGGCACCUAUGGUCACACCUACUGAGGUUCCUCCAGUGGCAGCUAUGGUCACUCCUACUGAGGCUCCUCCAGCGGCAGCUAUGGUCACUCCUACUGAGGUUUCUCCAGCGGCAGCGAAGCAACCUGAUGGGGAGGAGAGCAGAAAAUGGUUCAACAGUGAAGAACCUAGCAAAACGCCUCAAGAGCCAACUGUAACAGAGCAAGCACAGCAGGCUAAUGAGGUUGGAGAUACCAGUGCUGCAGAGCAGACUGCGCCGAGCAAUUCGCCAGCAGUAACUGUUCAAGAGCUUGUUAAUCGGAUCAAAACAAAUCCUGGAGAUCCCAACAUACUUGAAACACAGGAGCCCCUUCAGGAUUUAGUUAGAGGAGUGCUCAAAAUACUGUCGUCUAGAACAGCUCCUCUAGGUGCAAAGGGCUGGAAAUCAUUAGUUUCCUAUGACAAGUCAAACAAAAGCUGGUUCUGGGUUGGUCCACUGCCUUCUGGUACUUCAUAUAGUGACCCUAACGAAGAGACUUCUGCUGAAGCAUGGGGUAUACCACACAAGAUGCUUGUGAAGUUGGUCGAUGCAUUUGCUAAUUGGCUGAAAAGUGGUCAGGAAACCCUCAAGCAAAUAGGAUCCAUGCCACCACCUCCAGCACCAAAUCCUGCAAAUUUGGAUUUGAAGGAAAGAUUCAAGGACCUUAGGGCCCAGAAAAGUCUGAACACAAUAAGCCCAAGCUCUGAUGAAGCAAGAGCAUAUUUCCAACGUGAGGAAUUUUUGAGAUACUCGAUUCCUGAUAGAGCAUUUUGCUAUACUGCUGCUGAUGGAGAGAAAUCUAUAGUUGCUCCUUUGAGAAGGGGAGGCGGGAAGCCCACAGCAAAAGCUAGGGGACAUCCCAUGCUCUUACCUGAUCGCCCUCCGCAUGUCACUAUUCUCUGUCUUGUAAGAGAUGCUGCUUCUAGGUUGCCUGGAAGAACUGGUACAAGAGCUGAUGUCUGCACACUUCUCAAAGAUUCGCAGUACCUAAAUCACGCAGAAUCCAAUAAAGAGCCUGCUGUCAAUCAAGUUGUUAGUGGUGCUCUUGAUCGCUUGCAUUAUGAGCGUGAUCCUUGUGUGCUGUAUGAUAAUGACAAAAAAUUGUGGACCUAUCUGCACAGGGGUAGAGAGGAGGAAGAUUUUGAGGAUGACGGCACAUCAUCUACAAAAAAAUGGAAGAGACCAAGGAAAGAUUCUUUAGAUCCUUCAGAGGCUGGUGCAGGAAACGAUGACCUUGAGGAUGAUGGCACCCCUAACGCGAAAAAGCAAAAGAAAGAUGAUGCAGAACCUACAGCAUCAGGAGAAGAUAAGGAUGGUGCGGAUCUUGUAAUUCUGGAUCCAUCUAACGGUGGGUUGGAAGGUGACUUUGAUCUUGAUGUUAUUCUGUCAUCAACAAAUAACGAAGAAACAGGCAAGCCAGAUAUUGGUAUUUCCAGACCUUCAAUAGGUGCAACAGCAGGCAACACAGCUAAUGACAAUUCCGCAAGAAUCCCAGAACAGUUUUACAGUAUGGCACUCCCUGUGGACUCCACCAGCAAGGAGUUUAAUAAUGCUUAGCAAGACAUAUGCUGCAGCACCAGAUUAGGGUAUCAAGCCGCAGCCACUUAAGUCAGGCCUUCCACUCAACAGAGUAUUUUGCAGCGGAAAUAGUUUUUGUUGUUUUGCCCUUGUACUUGUACAUUCUUGUCAAGAAACAGAGGCUUUUAUAGUUUUUCUCCUAGUGGCUUUGUGCAGUUCUCUUCUAAAUUUGUUACAUCAAUACAUGUUUAUGUAACUACGUUUACAUUCAUAUUUGGAUCCCAGCCAGCAAGAUCCUGUGGCACUUGACCUACCGACA